CGUCCAGACUCCACACCCUUCAAUAUGAUUCCAGAAAUAUUGGGCUCUUCAGCACUGGCACUUUGAGUGCGAUUGCGACGAGAUAUCCAACCAUAUCAGAACAAGGAGCUCCAUCAUCAGCCUUAGUAGGAGCGCGAAUCCGAGACAGCAAUACCGAGAAUAUGGACAGCAUUCCUCCACCCGCAACACACGAUACCGCCAUGACCGAUGCGCCCGCUUUCCAUACAGCUCGACAACAACCGCCAAUACAACAAGUGCAAACACCACCAGCUGCGCCAUCACCAACUCCCACCCCCCAAAUUCCAGCAGCAGCAGCAACAGCGCCGCCCUCAACUUCCCGCGCAGCCUCUACCCAUCCAGAACCCGCAGUCGGUGGUAGCGGCAUGCCGAGCGCUAGCGCCAUCACGCCAGGCUUCGCGAUGCCCUCGGAAGCGGCAGCCCACGGGGCGCCCGUACGACAGUACAUCAACAGCAAGAUCACGGGGGUCCUGCUGGAGGGGAUGAAGCUCGUUGCCCGGGAGCAGCCAAAGGAUCCGUUACGGGUGCUGGGGGAGUUUUUGCUGCAGAGAUCGAGGGAAUUGGAAGGGACGGGAAGGGCUGAUAUUUCUUGAGGGCCGACGUGCUGGUUGAGCCACGAUGGCGUGGGUCGGUAUGGAAGAACGGGCUGUCAUGAUGAUGGGAACAUCGACUAGGCGCGAAAUGGUGAGAGAUGCACACCAUAGACACCCUGGAUGCGGAGGUCAGGAAGAGAUAGUCCAGUUGCUACCUUCACUGCUGCCUCCUGACAUAUUCAUCGCGGCACGGCAAAAAAAAGGACAGGGAAAUAGAGGAGCAUG